AUAUUAUGUAUUUGAGAGAAUGAUGAGCUCACAGGUCUCACCCCUCACCUCCACACCUAUGCUUCCAGUAAACAACCUCUCAAUCUCAACACCACCAUCAACUCCCUCUAAACUACGCCACUCCUUCUCCUCUUCUUCUUCCGGGGUAUAUCACUCACUCUCCGAGAGAACCCACAUUCCUUCUCAUGUUUACAAGCACCCUUCGGCCAUUCUCCUUGAGCUCUGCACUUCAUUGCAAGAGCUUCGCCAAAUCAUUCCUCUCGUCAUCAAGAAUGGCCUCUAUGGUGAGCUCUUGUUUCAGACUAAACUCCUCAGCUUGUUCUGUAAAUAUGGAAGCCUCGUCGAAGCAGUUCGAGUUUUCGAAUCUGUUGAAGACAAAGCUGAUGUUUUUUACCAUACAUUGCUUAAAGGGUAUGCGAAAAACUCGUCUUUGGAAGAUUCUUUCUCGUUUUAUUGUCGUAUGAAGUAUGAUGAUGUUGAACCGGUUGUGUAUAACUUUACGUAUUUGUUGAAAGUAAUUGGAGAUAAUUCGGACCUUAGAAGGGGUAAGGAGGUUCAUGGGCAGCUAAUAACAUCUGGGUUUGCGUUGAAUUUGUUUGCCAUGACUUCGGUUGUUAAUUUGUAUGCUAAGUGCGGACGAAUUGAUGAAGCAUAUAAAAUGUUCGAUAGAAUGCCUGAGAGGGACUUAGUAUCCUGGAAUACCAUUAUUGCUGGUUAUGCGCAAAAUGGGCACGCGAAAAAAGCUUUGAGUCUGAUUGUUCGAAUGCAGGAUGAGAGCCAGAGGCCUGAUUCGAUCACAUUGGUUACAGUUUUGCCUGCUGCUGCAGAUGUUAAAUCUUUAAGGAUUGGAAAGUCUAUUCAUGCUUAUGUUAUAAGAGCUGGAUUUGAAUCACAGGUGAAUAUUGCAACUGCUCUUGUUGACAUGUAUUCAAAAUGUGGCUAUGUGGGGAUUGCAAGGUUGAUUUUCAAUAGGAUGACAGAAAGGACUGUUGUUUCUUGGAACUCCAUGAUUGAUGGGUAUGUUCAAAGUGAAGAUCCCAAGGAAGCAUUGGAGGUAUUUCAAAAGAUGUUGGAUGAGGAUUUUGAACCAUCCAAUGUUACCAUUAUGGAGGCAUUGCAUGCUUGUGGUGAUUUAGGUGAUAUUGAACGGGGAAGGCUCCUUCAUAAAUUGUUGGAUCGACUGGGUCUUGGGUCUGAUGUUUCUGUGAUGAACUCUCUGAUAUCGAUGUAUUCAAAAUGUAAGAGAGUGGAUAUUGCUGCCAAGAUCUUUGAAAAGUUGCAGGGUAAAACUCCUGUUUCAUGGAAUGCGAUGAUAUUAGGGUAUGCUCAAAAUGGGCGAGUAAAGGAGGCCUUGAGUCACUUUUGUAAGAUGCAAUCUCAAAAUAUAAAGAUGGAUACAUUUACCAUGGUUAGUGUCAUUCCUGCUCUAGCAGAGUUAUCUAUUACACGUCAGGCCAAGUGGAUUCAUGGACUUGUUAUAAGAUCUUGUUUUGAUAAAAAUGUUUUUGUGAUGACUGCUCUUGUAGACAUGUAUGCAAAAUGUGGAGCCAUUAAUACUGCAAGAAAACUCUUUGAUAUAAUGGGCGAGAGGCAUGUUACAACUUGGAAUGCCAUGAUAGAUGGAUAUGGAACACACGGGCUUGGAAAAGCUGCAAUUGAUUUGUUCAAGGAAAUGCAUAAGGGUGCUAUAAAGCCUAAUGAAGUAACAUUUCUGUGUGUUAUCUCUGCUUGCAGCCACUCAGGUUUGGUGGAAGAGGGGCUCAAAUCAUUUGAGAGCAUGAAGAAAGAUUAUGGCAUAGAGCCUGCAAUGGAUCACUAUGGAGCCAUGGUUGAUCUUCUUGGUAGAGCUGGCCAGCUCAAUGAUGCUUGGGAGUUUAUUCAAAAAAUGCCGAUUGAGCCUGGGAUUACAGUGUUUGGUGCCAUGUUAGGUGCUUGCAGAAUUCACAAAAAUGUUGAGCUUGGGGAAAUGGCAGCUAUGAGAAUUUUUCAGUUAAAUCCAGAUGAUGCUGGCUACCAUGUAUUGCUUUCUAACAUAUAUGCAUCAGCUUCAAUGUGGGAUAAAGUUGCCAAAGUUCGAACAAUGAUGGGGAGUAAAGGGCUAAAGAAAACUCCAGGCUGCAGCUUAGUAGAUUUAGGAAAAGAACUUCAUACUUUCUACUCUGGAAGCACACUACAUCCACAGUCCAACCAGAUCUACGGCUUUCUUGAAACUCUUGGAGAAGAGAUAAAGGCUGCUGGGUAUGUUCCAGACACUAAUUCAAUUCAUGAUGUCGAAGAUGAUGUUCAAAAACAGUUGCUCAAUAGCCACAGUGAGAAGCUGGCUAUUUCAUUUGGACUACUAAAUACCAGUCCUGGCACAACAUUACACAUUAGGAAGAAUCUAAGAGUUUGUGGUGACUGUCAUAAUGCCACAAAAUAUAUAUCACUCGUUACUGGACGAGAAAUCAUUGUGCGUGACAUGCAUCGCUUCCACCAUUUCAAGAAUGGAACUUGUUCUUGUGGUGAUUAUUGGUGAACUUAAUACUCUUGUUAGGGGUAUUCUUGUGUGUUUGCUGUAGUAUGACAUUCUUGUUGGUUUCUAUGGUUGUAACCUUUAGGUGUAUAGAUUUAGAAGAUUGUUUGGCUGUAUUACGAGAUGUUUACAAAUCAUGAAUUGCUGGACCAUCAUGUCCAUUGCCUGUAAGAUUUUGAAUAAAAAAACAAACAAAAAUACAAUCUGUCCAAUACAAAAAAUGAUUUACAUUUUCAACA